AUGUCCCAGCCCCUGCUGACCCUUGCUGCAGCGAUUUCGGAAAUGGAAUUAACAGUUAAUUCUUUCCUCUUUUUUUGUGAAUUGCUGGCUGCUGCUGCUGCAGCAGCUCCGGAGUACCCCGACAGCAGAAAGAACAGCAGCAGCAGCAGCAGCAGCCACAGACACAGCAGCAGCAACAACAACAACAACAGCACCCGACACAGCAGCAGCAACAACAACAGCGCGAGACGCAGCAGCAGCAGCAACAACAACAAUAACAGCACCCGCCGACGCAGCAGCAGCAACAACCGCGCCAGACGCAGCAGGAGCAGCAACAAACCAGCAGCGGCAGCAACGAACCAGCAGCAGCAGCAACGAACCAGCAGCAGCAGCAGCAAAGCAGCAGCAGCAGCAGCGAUGCUGGGGCGUUCGUGGGUGCGGCGUUCGUUCUUCCGCAGCGGCUACGGGCGCCUCAGCGCCGCUGCAGCAGCAGAGCGGCGGCUGCAGGUCUUCUUCGUGUCGCUGAUGUUUUUGCUGCCUUCGCUUUACCUUUACUCCGCCGGCAGCCCCCAACUGCUGCAGCUUUGCAUGCAGCGCUUUCGCUGGGUCGAAGUGCCCCCCCAGGCCGACCCGCGGCUCCUUCGCCUGCGCCCCGCGGCCCCCCCGGACCCCGACGCAGCUAGCUAG